UCCUGGGCGUCGUAGUUCAGGCAGGCGCUCCCCACCGAUAGGCUGCUCGGGAGAGCCGGGGGCGGGCCGGCGGGGUCACGUGGACCCGCUCCCGCCGCCGCGGUCGUCUUUCUCUGUUUCGCUGAGGCAGCCAUCUUGCUCUGGCCUCGUGCUGGUGUUGGAGGACCCUCCUUGCUUCAGAUUUACCAACAGCAUGAAUCAAGAAAAGUUAGCCAAACUUCAGGCUCAGGUCCGGAUAGGGGGCAAGGGUACAGCUCGUAGGAAGAAGAAGGUAGUACACAGAACAGCUACAGCUGAUGACAAAAAGCUUCAGAGUUCUCUCAAAAAACUGGCUGUGAAUAAUAUAGCUGGUAUUGAAGAGGUGAACAUGAUAAAAGACGAUGGGACCGUUAUUCAUUUCAACAAUCCCAAAGUCCAAGCUUCCCUCUCAGCUAACACCUUUGCAAUUACUGGUCAUGCAGAAGCCAAGCCAAUCACAGAAAUGCUUCCUGGAAUAUUAAGUCAGCUUGGUGCGGACAGCCUAACAAGCCUUAGGAAAUUAGCUGAACAGUUCCCAAGGCAAGUGUUGGAUAGCAAAACACCAAAAGCAGAAGACAUUGAUGAGGAAGAUGAUGAUGUUCCAGAUCUUGUAGAAAAUUUUGAUGAAGCAUCUAAGAAUGAAGCUAACUGAAUUAAUUUUUGGUUUUUGGAAGCUAGCAUGGACUAGAUUUAACAAAUCGCUAUGUGGUUCCAAAGUUUUACCAACAGAGAAGAUCACUUGUUACUAGUUCAGUAAUAUAAAUAUUUUGUAUAUGAAUAAUGCUGUUUGUUCAGCAUUGUUUGGUCAUUUGAUUUUGCAUUUUGCACUCCCAGGAUCUUUUGGUCAAAAUAUGAAGUACUGGUGCAGUUUGAGGGUAUUUUGGGUUUUGAUUUGUGGGGUUUUUUUUUGCCCUUUUCCCCCACCCCGCAGUUUAUUUUUUUGGUGGUGUUGGGGUAUUUUUGGUUAUAUAUGUGAAUGUGUGCGUGUGGGUAUGUUUGUAUUCAGUGGAGACCAAAUUGGAAAACAGUUCUGUUUAUUCACCUUCUUCCUGCAGUAGAAAUAAAACAAAUCUUUGCAUUUGUUCCCCGAUUUUUUCCCCCUAAUCACAGAAUUAAUGAAAAGUACCUUGAAUUUAAAAUCUGAAGAGAUGUGGGAGGUUUGUUUUUAACUUGUUUGGUUAGCUGUCCUCUUUUAUUCUUUGGGUUUAAAAUGUCUGGAGAUUUUUUGCCACCAGCUUCAUGUUAGGGUAACUAGUAGCAUAUUUUUGGUAUGGUUGGCUUAGAUACACUUACUAGUCAGAAAAAAUUCAUUCACUAGCUUUCUUCCUAGAUAUCUUUUCCCUCUCCUUUAAUCUCUAAGUGGCCUAGUAAGCCUUUUGCAAUGCUGUUCCUAUCCUUGAUCUAGCUUGAGAGGGUUCUCCAUGUAAUGUGGAGUACCUAAUGACUUUAUGGUAAGAUUUUGUUGCCUCAGCUUGAGAAACAACAGCUCCAUCUUGAACUUGUAUUUCCCCCUUGAUUUUACAGUUUGGUAGUUUUCAAACUGGAAUCUGUAGCAUGUACUUCCUACGUAGUUUCAUACCAGCCUUAUUAUCCUAGCUGUUUUUAACAGCAGGUGUAAAAAUGCCUCUUUUUAGUAAAGUUGGGAUUGGGAAUGUCCUUUAAAUAAGGAGAAAAUAGGCCAUAGACUCAUUCCCCCCACCCCCCCCCCCACACACACACCACAUGGGCAUUCUUAAGAAAUGGUACUGGCCCCAGGAGGAAUUCUUGAGUCACCCUCCUGCUUGUGGCCUUGAACCUACCUCUGAGUUGGAUCUUGGUAUUGUAGCUGCUCCUGACACCCUCCUGCAUGCUUUGAAUAAUGCUUUGGGGGGAGUACUGAUGAAACACGUAUUUAUUUUUCACCUCCUUUCAGAAGACUUGGGGGUAAGUUGCAUUCAUUCACUCCAAGUUUCCCUCUGGCUGUCUGAUAAAAGCUUGCAUUUUACUCUUUCAGCAUUUCUUAGAGCUAAUAUUUAAGGAUAAGAUUUAGAAAAUCUGUUAUUUCCUGGCCCACCAUCAAACUACAGCUUAACCUUACAGCAUAAUAACCUUUGUUUCAAGGUAGAUAUUUUUAUGUGAUACCUAAAGUGCAAGACCAGUAACAUGUUGUAGAUAUUAAGACAGAUGCUUGUUUCUUCAUCUGAACACCUCAGUUUAUCUUAUAAAGUUGUUAUUUUUCCUGUUGUGUUUUAUACAAUAUAUGGACCUGACAAAAUAAAAUAAUAGUAAUAAAAUCACAGUACAAAAGAGGAAAAUAUUUCCUCUUAUGCUUC